GAUGAAGCCAGCGUGCGAGCCGUUGGCGUAGUAGCGACGGCGGAACAGCGUGGCGGCCUCGUUGAGCAGGGCCGACUGCACGGCGCCCAGAUACUGCGGCAGGCCGUAUACCUCCUGGUGAAUGUCGGGCUCGCGCAGAUGGAAGACCUGGCCGGCCGGGAAUUCGUGCUCGUUCUGAAAAUCGCUGAUCUGGAAAUAUUGCCCGGCCUCUUUGCCGCGCCGCAUGUACUUGCCAAGCGUGUGCUCGAGCCGGAGCAGGCUCCCCACCAGAUUGCGCCUACUUUCCAGAUAGCCAUUGCCCAGCGUGAGGUAGUCCAAGGCGAAGGCCUGGAAGGCACCAGGCGAAAGAUAGGGCGACGGCAUCAGCGUGCUGGUCAACACGUUGACCUUGAAGCGGAUGGCGGACUCAUGGUGGGCGCCGACACGCAGCAUGCGCGCCAGAUCAGCAAAGCUGACAGGCGGCUCAUACCAGCGGCCGUUAUCCAUGCACUCGAUGUAUUCGAGGAUGGAAGCGCGCCCGCCCACCACUGGCUCAGGAUCGCCAAAGGUGAACAUCACAGAGCGCGCGGCGCCUGCGGGCGCGGAUUCGGCGGCUGCAGUAUUGCCGGGCGCUGCGCUGGCCUGGGUGGCUUCGGUCAUUCGGAUAUCUCCACAAAGGAUUGCGAGAGCGUGGAGCCGGCGAACUCGAUCACCGUGGCCGGUCUGCUCCGAACGGCCGCUGCUGUAGGUGAUGGAGCGGCCCGUGGGUGUCAUCUCCUGCUUGACCGACAUGAAGCUGGCGGCCAUUUCCUUGUCGUCCUGGUCGAACUCCAGCCGGCCUGCACGCAGCACGGUCUGGGCCUUGAGCACCAGCAGGAUCUUGGCUUCGAGGCUGUAGCGCAGGCCGCGCACGGCGGGAAAGAACUUGCGCACAAGCUGGUAGACGCCCUGCCCCAUGCCGGUGGUGUCGAUGGUCAUCUUCUCGACGUUGAACUGCUUGCAGAUGCGCUGAAUUUCCGCCGCCUGGUCCUCGUACUCCAUCUUGUGCAUCUGCUUGCGGUACAGGAUGCGGAACUUGCCGCCGGGCUUUUCAGGCGGCGCCAGGACCACCAGCGCGGCCUUGUCGCCGGUAUGGCUGGGGUCAUAUCCAACCCACACGCCUUUGUGCCCGAAGGGCCGCUGUGUGAAGGCCUUGAAGUCCUUCCAUGCCUCCCAGGGGUCCACCAUGCCGCGCUGGAGCAGCGACAGCGGAAACACGGCCAGCGCGUCAUCCAUGAACUGGCACAGGUACAGAUUGGCGAAGACAGUGGCGGCCUUGGUGGAGCGCAGGUUCUCGAUGUCGAACAAGGUGCAGCCGCCGCGCUCGGCAUCCUCGAUCGUGACGAUGUGGCGCCAGAUGCCGUCCGCGCCUCGAAAGCCGUUGGCCAGGUGCUCAUGGCGCAGGUCGAUGUCCAGCUUGCGGUCGGUGAUGUGCGAGCCGUUCCACAGCGCGUAGGCCUCAUGCUGCAGGCUGGAGGGUGUGCUGAAAUACGUCAGGCGCCAUUGCUUGUGCGACGACAUGCCACUGGCCACGUUGUUCAGCUCGGUGAAAUUCGUGGUCCAGAAAUAUUCAUCGAAGUACAGAUUGCCGUGGUAGCUCUGGGCCGUGCGCGAGUUGGUGCCCAGGAAAAUCAGCUCGGCCCCAUUGGGCAAGAUGAUGGGAUCGCCUGUGAGCGUGACACCAAUCUCCUUCUUCACGAAAGCGAUGAUGUAGUUGCGGAACACUUGGGCCUG